GUUCACGUCGUGGUUGUUGUUGUCGUGGUUGUUGUUGUGGUUGUUGUUGUUUACCCAGGUAGAGCCUCGCUCCUCCCCCUCCUCGGGAUGUCAAUUGAGGAGCAGCGAGUAUGGAAUCGAUGUCCAGGCUGGAACAUUACAACGCGGGGCCUAGACAUGCGGGGUCUUGCCUCCUGCCCUCGCCUGAUUGCACUUGCUUUAAUUCUCUGCUUAAGUUUAAUUUGUCCUCGCCUGGCUCGCUACUUUGAAACUUUUUUUAUUCGAAAAAUUUCCACGUUUUUUAUAUCACCAAGCCAAGCCCACUUGAGCUAUACCGCUCUUUUUCAGAAGCGACCUGCCCACAACAAAGUGGCUUAUCAACGUUUGGAAAUGUAAAUCAGCCAAAUACUCUAAACGCGUGGUGAUGUUGACUCUAAAUGCGGAGGGAAAAAACGGAGGAUCCGGAGGAAAAUCCACGCGAGAGACACGCAAAAUCCAGAUAUACAUCUAUAAUAUCGGUUUGUUUGGGUUAGAUCGCGUAAAAUCUAAACGUGUCGCUAAACCCGCCACCACCCGAACACAGGCAACUAGUAAGGGUUGUCACGUAAACAUAACGUGGCCAAUUCGUGACUAGUACAGCACACCGGUUGUGUGUUGCAGAGCCAAGCCACAACAUUUACAAUCUGAGUACGACGUUUCGUCAUUAAUUACAACCAGCUUCAUCAGGCGAGAGCCACAUGUUGUGGCUUGGCUCUCGGAAUAUAAAAAGGGUCGCAGGGUUUAUAUCGCAGCACGCUAACCGUUGCACUACCGCUCCCCACUCAUGCACAACAUUAUCAUCCGAAGUAUAGUUUUUAUUCAGGACCAGCUAAGUUACCCGGCUUCGCACGGGCGUCAGUAAUCAAACAUGAAGGGUAAUAUCUAGCCAUGCUGGAUUUAUUAGAAUUAUUGAAUUCUGCCAAUAAAAGUCGAUAAAUGUGUGUAUUUUGUCACUGUUUUUUGGUUGUGUUAUACAUUCGCAGGACUUGUUUGCUUCAUAAUGAGGACAACAUUUACAUUUGUUACCCUAGGAGACCUUCAGACAGACGGUGAUUGAUGUUUGCCAUCUGGUGGGUUUAAUCGAAUGAAGCUUCAAUUUUGGCAUACAUGUCGACAGAAAAAUUGGUGGAAGAGCUCUUUACAUCUCAAGAAGAGAUUGAAGCUGGCGUUUUGCACCAUGACCCUGAAGGCAAAGAAGUCCAUUGCGAAAACCUUCUUUUGUGUUGGCAAGCCUGUUGCUGGAAUUGAUCUGAUGGAGCAAAGGCACUCACCACAGCUCAGUACAAAAAGGCAUCAAUGUGACCAGUGUGCAUACAGGACGGAUCGUCCUAGAAAUCUGACACAGCACCAGAGAACACACACUGGUGAGAAGCCCUUCAAGUGCACUGUGUGUUGGAAGUCGUUUGCAUGUUCAACACAUCUUCGGAUCCACCAGAGAACUCACACAGGAGAGAAACCAUUCAAGUGCACUGUGUGUUUGAAGUCAUUUGCACAGUCAACACAUCUUCAGAUCCACCAGAGAACGCACACAGGAGAUAAACCCUUCAAGUGCAUUGUGUGUGGGAAGGCGUUCGCACUUUCAUCUGCUCUUAAAAAUCACCAGAGAACACACACAGGAGAGAAACCUUUCAAGUGUGCAAUAUGUAAAAAGGCAUUUGCACGGUCAUCAGUUCUUCAGACCCACCAGAGAACACACACGGGAGAGAAACCCUUCAAGUGCACUGCGUGUGACAUGGCGUUUUCACAGUCAUCAGCUCUUCAGACCCACCAGAGAACACACACGGGAGAGAAACCCUUCAAGUGCACUGUGUGUGAGAUGGCAUUUUCACAGUCAUCAGUUCUUCAGACCCACCAGAGAACACACACGGGAGAGAAACCCUACAGAUGCACUCUGUGCGGGAAGACCUUUGCAGAAUCAUCUACUCUUAAAAUACACCAGAGAACACACACAGGCGAGAAACCCUUCAAGUGCAGUGUGUGUGGGAAGGCAUUUUCAGUUUUAUCUAGUCUUAAACAACACCAGAGAACACACACAGGAGAUAAACCUUUCAAGUGCACUGUGUGUGAUAAGGCAUUUGCACGGUCAUCAGCACUUCAGACCCACCAGAGAACACACACAGGUGAGAAACCUUUCAAGUGCACUGUGUGUGAAAAUGCAUUUGCACGUUCAUCAAACCUUCAAAGACACCAGAGAACACACACUGGUGAGAAGCCCUUCAAGUGCACUGUGUGUUGGAAGUCAUUUGCAUGGUCAACACAUCUUCGGAUCCACCAGAGAACUCACACUGGAGAGAAACCAUUCAAGUGCAGUGUGUGUGGGAAGGCGUUUGCAUGGCCAACACAUCUUCAGAUCCACCACAGAACACACACUGGAGAGAAAUCAUUCAAGUGCAGUGUGUGUGGGAAGGCGUUUGCACUUUCAUCAACUCUUAAAAAACAUCAGAGAACACACACAGGAGAAAAACCUUUCAAGUGCACUGUGUGUGAGAAGGCAUUUGCACGGUCAUCAGUUCUUCAGACCCACCAGAGAACACACACAGGAGAGAAACCCUUCAAGUGCACUGUGUGUGAGAAGGCAUUUGCACAGUCAUCAGUUCUUCAGAGCCACCAGAGAACACACACAGGAGAGAAACCCUUCAGGUGUACUCUGUGCGGGAAGGCAUUUGCACAGUCACCACAUCUUCAAAGACACCAGAGAACACACACAGGAGAGAAACCCUUCAAGUGCAGUGUGUGUAGGAAGGCAUUUUCAAGUUCAUCUACUCUUAAACAACAUCAGAAAACACACACAGGAGAGAAACCUUUCAAGUGCACUGUGUGUGAGAAGGCAUUUGCACGGUCAUCAGUUCUUCAGAGCCACCAGAGAACACACACAGGAGAGAAACCCUUCGGGUGCACUGUGUGCGGGAAGGUUUUUGCCGAGUCAUCACAUCUUACAAUACACCAGAGAACACACACAGGAGAGAAACCCUUCAGGUGCACUCAGUGCGGGAAGGCAUUUGCAGAGUCAUCACAUCUUAAAAUACAUCAGAGAACACACACAGGAGAGAAACCCUUCAAGUGCAGUGUGUGUGGGUUGACAUUUUCAGAUGCAUCUACUCUUAAAAGACACCAGAGAACACACACAGGAGAGAAACCUUUCAUGUGCACAGUGUGUGAGAAGGCAUUUGCACAGGCAUCAGUUCUUCAGAGCCACCAGAGAACACACACAGGAGAGAAACCCUUCAAGUGCACUCUGUGUGGGAAGGCAUUUGCACAGUCAUCAAAUCUUCAAAGACACCGGAGAACACACACGGGAGAGAAACCCUUCAAAUGCAAUCUGUGCGGAAAGACAUUUGCACAUUCAUUAUCACAUCUUCAAAGACACCAGAUAACACACAUGCAUCAGACGAUUUCCAAGGAAUGGAGUCUGAAAUAUUCUUGUGAAAGUAAAAGUGCUGCCAUGAGCCCAUCUCUCAUGAAACAAGAACCAGAAGAAAAUCCCAGCUUGGACACUUUGAAAGGUAUCAAGGUGAAAUAUGAAGAGGUGAAGGUGAAAUGUGAAGAAAUGACAGUGAAGAAUGAAGAAGUGAAGGUGAAAUGUGAAGAUGAAGAUUCAACUCCGAAAUCAGACCUUUACAUCGAUGGAGGCAACGUGAAACAGGAGGAGAAUUCUGAGGCAGAACGAGGCAACUCCCAGCAGUUUGUGGACGUGGAGGUGUGGCUGGACUUCUCAGAUAAUACAAAGUCAAAUGAAGUCCCAGUAGAUGUGUAAGCUUGAGAAAAUGAAGCUCCAAUAGAUUUACCUUUGUCACAGGCCUUUAAUGAAAAUAACGUGAAGUUGAUCACUCAAUUCCUAGGUUCAACCUGCAGAGUAAGAGCGGCCAGUAUUUAUGGACCUGUGGGUUGGGUAGAUCUCUAACCAGGAGCGAGAGCCAAUAAGCUCCCAAGCAUUUACUAUGUUAUAAUAAUAUUUGCAUUUAUAUGGUGCUUAAUUAAUUUCCUCAGCAUAUCGGAGUUUUGUAUCAUAUCUCAUGACAAACACUCGAAGAGCACCCCCAAGUGGCAGUUGCCCCUGUGUGGCAUCAGGUGGCCCUGCACGAGCCUGCAUGUGUAAUCUCACUUGUGUAAUUUGUGGGUAAUGUUUUUUUGAAUUGGACAAAUUUUGACCCUGGCACCAGCAUGCAAUGGCCUCGUUUUGAAUGACAAUAUAUUUUACAUCCACUGUUAAGCAGAAAGUGCAGAUUUGUAAUUAAUGUUCCUGGACUAUUCAGGGUUGCCUGUCGGAUUUGAACCUUGAACCUUUUGCAACAAAAAGAGAAUGCACUCCCAUUUGGCUUCCCUCAAUCUGAAUGCUGCAGGUGUAGGCCUCAUCCAGACAGAGAUCAACUUUCUGUAAUUACAAUAUAACGAUUAAGUACAUUUUGGUGUAGAAAUUACAUUUUGUCAAUAUGCCCAUCGAUAAUUUAGAAUUAUAAUUUAAUGAAUACUUGUCUGCUUUUGUGCAUACAGAUAACAUUUGUCUAUAAGGGUUAAACAUUGAAUACGUGAUGUCAGAACAAAGUGUGUGUUUUGAUAUUAACCUGUACAGAUAACGUGAGAGCUGUUGUCCUUGUGAUAUAGGUCAAAGGGUAUUUUUGUGAAUCAGGAAGCAUCUGGCUCUGAAGCAACUCAUUGCCUUUGAAAUAUGGAACAUAGUCAUAUCAUUCAUCAGUUACAAGGCAGAUCACUUAAAAGUUAUGUCUCUGAGAUACAUUCUCCACGACAACACUAAUUAUAAUUUGUAUGACAUUUAAUGGAUGUUGGCCAACUCGGACUAGAAAUGGUUCUUGCUGAUUAUCAUCUGGAUUUUUACAACCAUUGGUUGAAGAAAGCCUGCCUGCUUUUGAGACAUUGUACACCAAAAUCGGUCCACAGUUGGCUUGCAAUGAAUCAAUGCUGCAGGAUUUAUGCACUCGCAGAAGGCCGUGGGAUUUAUAGUUUGUGGAAAUAUUCCUUUGUUUUGUGGAGAGACUGAUAAAUUAAAUAGAUGCCUUGUCUGCUGAUCUCUUUGAUAUAUGUCCAUCGAUACCCCACCUUGUUUACUACAUGUUUACUUAAAUAUGUUAAAUGAGCGACUUCCCCGACAUGUCGAAUAGAGGGUACUUUAUUUCUCACACUGGGCACAAUACAGGCUUUUCUUCUUACUGAAUAUAACUCGAGGCAAUAACACCGCUACUAGCUACACGCACAGCUGAUCACUCAGCGGGGUUCCCUAGCCUUCACUCGUCUCCGCCGCUGGCUGGCGGCGUGAUGAUGACAGCAAUUGAACUCACGCAGGAGAUCUUCCACAUGGCCAGUCGACAGAGAGAGAUGUCGGUGAACAGCGACACGCCAGGACCCAGGACGCACACGAGCCCCGAGUUCCGGGUCUGCUCCCCCUUAUAUCCCCCCAGGUGUGGCUAAGCCCCACCUCCAACCACGCCCUCUCGUGGAACCUUCGAGCAGGUUCCCGGAGCAUCUCGGCUCACCCCUCCUGUUACCUUUGCUCCAGAUAUGUCUCCUUCCCUGAUUGGCUGUUACCUUUGUGGCUGUACCCAUGAAACCCUUCCCAAGCCAGCAGGUAUCACUGUCAUGUCAGCAGGUGUAACCCUGUCAAGUCAUAUGUUAAAGCUCCCUCUGGAGAGAUCACCUCAAACGCAUGACUGGGUUACGUCAGCGCCUUCCUCUGGCUUGUGACGUCAUCGACAGCAGAACUUGCCUCGUCCACAGGACAUGACGAAUGUGCACCGAGUCUUGGAAUUUAUUUGCACGAUCAACAAAUCUUUGCAUAUCUAAAGACAGUUUCAGGGGACUGGCGGUCACGGGGUAUUGACACGGGAAUUAGGAUGGGAAGAGACUAGGGGCCACGGGGUAAUGACAGGUUCAGGAACAGACGGGAACGAUCUGGGGUCUAUGAGUAGGAUCGAGAAUAAGGGCUUUGGCCAAGUGAUAGAAGGGAGCAGGUGCAGAUUAGAGCCCGUGAAGGUUCUAGAGAAGGGCGUGGCCAUUAGUCCAGGGAUGGCCACGCUGGGGAUAAAAGGUGUCGAGAGGUUUAAGGCUGCUGUUUGAGUCAGGGUCUUCGCCUGUCAAUUGAACGUGUCUUCAAUAAAGAUCAUCACAAGAGCA